AAAGAUGUGAUUCUCCUGAUGAGUCACGCAGACUUUAAUUUCUGACUUGCAGCUCUCUAUAUACGCUGCAGGAUAUUUGCUUUGGCCUGCCGCAGUAAUGCACAUGCAAAUCCCAUCUUUUUACUGUUUAUCCAAUUUAUUAGCCUUUUUGAUGGCACUUGAUGCAAGGAUUCGCACGCUUUUUGCACAACGCACGUUUACUCUACACUACAUGGAUAUGCAUAUAGGCCUUUCGUCAUGUGCUGUCAAACAACUACAUUAUUUCUCCUUGUUUUAGUAACUCGUCGAGCUAACAGGGACGGGUUUUGCAGUGUUACAAUUGUUUUAAAAUUAAAAAACCUUUUUAAAGGGGUUUCUGCAGGUUGCUUGUGUGUGUUUUGUAUGAAUCAGGAGAGAUAGGGCAUGUUUAAAGGAUGCGCGUGCCUAUGUACGCUUGGGAGCAGCUUUUGGCAUCUGUUUUCUUUUCCAACCGAUCAUUUGGAUCUGCUCACCAUUACAAAUUGUAUUGCAUCUUUGGGAUGCAACAAAUUCCAACUGCAAGAGCUGAUGUUUGUGGGGAGCAGGACUUAGAUUACAAGCUUUCAUGUGAGAUGGAGAGGCUCACCCACAUAAGUUUGGACUCAUGCAGUAAACAACUUAGCCGUUUACUUUCUUUUGCUUUAUAUGCUGUGAUUUAAUAAGGAAAACAUGAACGUAAGCCAGUCCUGGCGCUGCUGCUGGUACCAGUGCCAUGCUUUCCAUUGGUUCCUGUUUACAUGAUGCCCACAGGACACGCGGUGAUUGGUGGCCUCCUCGCACGUGACCAGACAACUUUGUACAUUUGACAGGGGGGAGUAGGAGGGUUUUGUGGAGAUCAGAAAAACGACAGCGCGAUAAAAAUUAGUAUUGUUGCACUUCACAAAUUAAUGACCAUGAGUUCCUACUUGAUAAACUCCAACUACAUCGAGCCUUCCUUCCCACCAUGCGACGAGUACCAGCAGAGCGGAUAUAUCCCCAGCCACGGCGACUACUACGAGCGGCCAAAGGAUACGGGCUUCCCCCAUCACGACGAGCAAACCUAUCCGAGGUCAGGCUACGCGGAGACGGGUUACGACUACGGCAGCGUGCCCUCAGCCGCAGCCGCCGCUGCAGGACUCGACGAUUUCAGCGAUGGACACCACGCACAGCCGCAGCCGAUCCCACAGAGCCAUGGUGCUCGCCUCUCCGCGGCGCCAGACGGUGGCGCAGGGGCAAACGGGAGCAAAGACUGCAGCCUCGCCGGUGAGGUGUACCCCGGCGUGGCGAAGGGCAAGGAGCCGGUGGUCUAUCCGUGGAUGAAGAAGGUCCACGUUAGCAGCGUCAAUGCCAGUUACAAUGGAGGGGUGCCCAAGAGGUCCCGCACUGCCUACACCCGCCAGCAGGCUCUGGAGCUGGAGAAGGAGUUCCACUUCAACCGCUACCUGACCCGGCGCAGGCGGGUGGAGAUCGCGCACACUAUGUGUCUGUCGGAGCGCCAGGUGAAGAUCUGGUUUCAGAACCGUAGGAUGAAGUGGAAGAAGGAACACAAGCUUCCCAACACAAAGAUUCGCUCCUCGUCCGGUUCGGCCUCUUCAUCAGCCUCCGGGCCCCAGCAGCAGCAGCACCAACAGCAGAUUAAAACAGGCCAGCAGCUUGUCCCAACGCCGUGCACAGUUGGUCUAUAGUUUCUAGAAUAUUAUACCCCCAACCCCCCCAUAAUCCAGACUGAGAUGGCGAACAACACAAGUGGAAUUCGAUGGACCGAUUUUCAGUAUUUUACACUCAUGGUGUUAUAUCUCUGUAAGCUUGCACAUUGGGCCUGUGCCACGUCCUUUGUACACCCUUUCGUCCUCAGCCCUCUUCAUAUAAGCUUGAAAAAAAAAAUCACCUUUAAUUGCCACGGUGGCAAGUGAAGUGUUUGUUUGUGGAUGGAAAGGAAGUGAGGAAAAGAAAAAAAAGAAGAAAUCCAAACGCACAUUCAGACGUAUAGAACUUGGAUCACAAAGUGUGUAUUAUUGCAGUCAAAACUGAGUCAGGUGAAAGUAAGUUUGGGGUUAUUUUUUCUAUAUGCUCUCUACGAUUACUAUUGUUUUUUUUAAAAGACAUUCGCUCAUGGAAAUUUCUAACAUACUUGAAAGAUAUUUAGGAUACUCUGUAGAUGCCUGUUUAUUUAGAGAGGGGGCGUCAGUCAGAGAAACAGAAGUGUAGUUCGUGUGUUUGACUGGGUUGGUUCUUACUGUUGAAUGUAUAGUCCAAGUGACGUUCACAUCUAAUGUAAAUAGACAAAUCCUACCUAAUGAAGGCACAAGGAG